AUAUGCCAAGUGCCGUUACUUUGGCUAGUAUAACGGAUGUUGUAUUAAAAUGUUGAGUUUGACAAUUGUGAACAAUUUUGAAUCAGUUGUAUUUAGUAAGUUUUUUAAAUUUUACGUUUUUACGCUGUUUUUGGUCAUGGCGUUUCGCUCAAAUAUGGACCGCAUGCAAACAAUGCAUGCAAUGUGCGCACGAGAGCUUGAGCAGUUGCAAACAAAUUUGUCUAGGUUUCUGAUAGAUAGUGAAGCUGUACUGAGAAAUGAUGUAUUAAAAAACUCUCGAAAAGAAAACGGCUUUCCAACACACGCCAACGUGUUUGCACUUAUGGCCUAUGAUCGAUACAUGUCGCGUUUAGCUGCUGUAACAAACCUUGCACGGAAAUUUAACAUUCACUUGCAACUACAUAAUCUGCAUAAGAUAUUUGCUCUUGAUAUUGGAAUGGGCUUGGCACCUGAUUCCUAUCUAUUUGAUGAAUUUGUGGAAUGGCGCAAGGUUUUAUGGGACAGCGAUGAGUGUCUCGAUUUGAAACCGUUUCGAAGUGAAGAUGGGCCAUCAAUUGCUACCACUACGGUGGCAGAUGUCAGUAAAAAAGUACAUUCAACUGAUGAAAUAUGCGAAGAAAAAUGUCCGCUUGUGCGUAAAAUAACUUUUGCUACGCCAGAAUCGUUGACGCUAGAAGUAUGGCCAUCUUGUGUGCAAUUGCGUGACUUGUCCACUUUUGUUGCUGGAUACCACUUUUCUGCAUUUGUGACAUACGUUGAAGACCUAGGAGCAUUGAGUUUUUAUGCUUGCCAAAUGCGCAACGAUAUGCUCUACGAAUUGAGUAACAUGUUCAACCUGCUCAAGAGCGUACGCAUGCCUUCAACGAAUACCGUUUUUGGUAUUUCUAUUAAUAGUAAGAGCAUUUUGCGGGGAGUACUCCAGUAUCUAGACGGUGCUUCCGAUGGCGGAAAUGGUAAUUUACAUGUGCUACUCAUCGAUUAUGGAGAACUGGUGCCCCUGAAUCCCAAUGAUGUUCAGUUUUAUGAUUUACCAAAAGUGUACCGGGAUUUGCCUGCACAGGCUAUGAAAUGUAUACUUUUGGGUGUUAAAGCAGCACUAGAUGAAUGUGCACAGAUGGAUGCAUGUGUAUUGGGUACAAAGCUACAAAGCUAUGAAUUUAAAGAAGUCAAUUUCGAAGUUGUAAGAAAAACAGGUCGAGUUUUAUUUGUGUAUGUAAUUGAGAAUCGAGAAAUUGAGGCGAAAUCACCAAAGGAUAAAAAAGGAGAAAAUUUAUCAAACAACCCUUUCGUAAACUCUUUUAAUGAAAAUUCAUAUAACAGUGACGUUCAACCACCAAAAACCAAAUUUGACAGCAAUAAGAAUUUGAAAUUUUUGUUAACUCUGCGCACAGAUGAGGUUUGCAAAAAUGAUAUUAUAUAUUUGCAAGUUAUGCAUAUUGACCGACCUGAUUGCUUCCAUGCACAAAUACUUAAAAAUAAAUCGGAAACAUUGGAACAACUAUUUUGGAAUACCGGCGAAGUUCUGUUGGAGCAAAAGCUAACAGCGCAACCCAAAUUGGGUGAUAUAAUAUUGGCGCAAUAUGCGAAAGAUGAAUUUUGGUAUCGCGCUAAAGUCAUUGAUGUGGUCGAUGAUGAUGUUUUUAAGGUAUUCUAUUUGGAUUAUGGUAAUACAGAGACGGUGUCAUUGAAGAGCAUUGCCAAAUGCAAUAGUGCCCAAGAGACGGCACCGUUUCGUGCAGUAUUUUGUCGUUUUGCUGGUAUAAUCGAUAUUACUAACGGGGACGAGUCGCUCUGCGAACAAGCUGUGCAAAUGUUAGUUGUUAUGUUAUUGAAUCAACGUAUCGAAGUGCGAGUCGUACAAAAAAUGAACGAUGGAGAGUUGUGCGUACAACUAUUGGACAAGGAGUUUGCUGAGACAACACAAAUGUUGGUCGAAAUGGGCUAUGCUAAGGAAAUCUAAGAGGACGCCUUCAAUGGGGCAUAUUUAUUUAUUUUUGUAUGUAAGAGUUCUGACAAAGUUAACUGUUUUUUUUAUGCCCACAUGGUACAUACAUACGUCUGCGCUCAAAUUUGUAUAAAGUAAUAAGUGUAUAGAUUUAUAUGCGCCUAUGAAAUAGUUACGUAAAAAAUUAACAUUUUUUUUAUCAGUUAUAGAUAAUUGACGCUGGGCGUAUUUUUUCAGUUUUAGCGCAGCUACCUAUGCGUGCAAAAAAUACCUAAUAUUUUAGAUGUAUCAUAGACAAGUGGGAAAUACAAAGUGUUUUUGUUUAAUAAAUUGAAUUAUAAUGUA